CAAUCAGUAUAUGGAGAUAAAUGAAAAGAAAAAAAGAAGACAAACUAUGAAUAAUCUACAAUCAUUUAAAUGUCUUUAAUGUAUUAUAUAAACAGUUCAAAAUGAGUUCUGGAUGGGAACGUAUACGCUUACGUGUGGAAACAGGAGAGGGCUUAGAACCUGAGAUGCCGAAAGAUAGUCGCACCUUGUCCACCCAUAUUUUGGAUACAUCCCUAGGCAAGGCGGCUGCUGAGGUUCCAUUAACUGUAUACCGUCUGUUGGAGAAUCACCAGUGGCAGGAAUUGAAACAGGCCGUAACUGACAAAGAUGGUCGCGCCAGUCAACUAUUAGAAACAAAUUAUUUUACAAGUGGAAUUUAUAAAUUACAGUUCGAUGUUCAGAAAUAUUACGACGGUUUAGGAGCGGAAUGUUUUUAUCCAUUUAUUGAGAUUGUGGUUAAAUGUGUGGCUGGUCAACAUUAUCAUAUACCAUUGUUGUUAUCUCCAUUCGGCUAUACUACCUAUAGAGGAACAUAAUAAAAUUAUGCAUUUACAAUAAUUGAAA